CCAGGCUAGGAGCGCGCGGCGGCCCCGGGAGGUGGUGGCGGCCGCGGGAGCCCGGGCCGCGCGGGACUGGCCGUCGGGGCCCCGGGACGGCGGCCCCGAGGGCGCCCAUGCCAUGGAGAAGCUGGCGGCCGGGCUGGCCGGCCUGCGCUGGAGCAUGGGCGCCUUCCCGCUCGACCUCAUCGUCAGCCGCUGCCGCCUGCCCACGCUCGCCUGUCUCGGGCCAGGGGAGUAUGCUGAGGGCGUCAGUGAGAGAGACAUCCUGCUCAUUCACUCCUGCCGCCAGUGGACAACAGUGACAGCCCACACCCUGGAGGAGGGCCACUAUGUCAUUGGUCCCAAGAUCGACAUCCCUCUGCAGUACCCAGGGAAGUUCAAGCUCCUGGAGCAGGCCCGAGAUGUGCGGGAGCCAGUGAGGUACUUCAGCAGUGUGGAGGAGGUGGCCAGCGUCUUCCCUGACCGCAUCUUUGUGAUGGAAGCCAUCACCUUCAGUGUCAAGGUGGUGUCGGGCGAGUUCAGCGAGGACAGCGAGGUGUACAACUUCACACUGCACGCGGGCGACGAACUCACCCUCAUGGGCCAGGCGGAAAUCCUGUGCGCCAAGACUACCAAGGAGCGUUCACGCUUCACCUCCCUGUUGCGCAAGCUGGGCCGCGCCGGGGCUCUGGCCGGGGUGGGCGGCAGCAGCCCGGGGGGCGCGGGGGCCGCGGGCGGCGGCGGGGGCGGCAGACCCACCAAAGGCAAGAUGCCCUGCCUCAUCUGCAUGAACCACCGCACCAACGAGAGCCUGAGCCUGCCCUUCCAGUGCCAGGGCCGCUUCAGCACGCGCAGCCCGCUGGAGCUGCAGAUGCAGGAGGGCGAGCACACGGUGCGCACCAUCAUCGAACGUGUGCGGCUCCCCGUGAACGUGCUGGUGCCCAGCCGGCCACCGCGCAACCCCUAUGACCUGCACCCGGUGCGGGAGGGUCACUGCUACAAGCUUGUCAGCAUCAUCUCCAAGACGGUGGUGCUGGGGCUGGCACUGCGCCGCGAGGGCCCGGAGCCGCUGCACUUCCUGCUGCUCACAGACACGCCGCGCUUCGCGCUCCCGCAGGGCCUGCUGGCCGGGGACCCGCGCGUCGAGCGCCUGGUACGCGACAGCGCCUCCUACUGCCGCGAGCGCUUCGACCCCGACGAGUACUCCACCGCCGUGCGCGAGGCGCCCGCCGAGCUGGCCGACGACUGCGCCAGCCCGCGCCGCGCGCGCCUCUGCCUGCCUGCGCCCCCGCGCGGCCCCAGGCCCGCCCGCGCUCCCGGCCCGCCCGGCGACGGCGACCAGGAGUACGUGAGCCCCGACUGGGCCGGCACGCCCGAGCCCGCCGCGCUGCCCGCUGAGAUCCCUUACGAGGAGCUGUGGACGCACCAGGCAGCCGAGGGCCGGGCCCGGCAGCCCCCGGGGCCCGACCUCAUCUCCUUCGGGGCCGCCGGGCCGCCCCGCCAGGAGCCCGAGGCGCCGCCGCCUCCCGUCCCUCCCAAAUCCGAGGCGGUGAAGGAGGAGUGUCGCCUGCUCAAUGCCCCGCCUGUGCCUCCCCGGGGAGGCAGUGACAGCAGCAGGCUCCCGGGCAGCCCCCCGGUGCCCCCACGCUUCCCUAAGCUGCAGCCUGUCCAUUCGCCCAGCUCCAGCCUCUCCUACUAUUCCUCUGGCCUCCAGGAUGGGGCGGGCUGCCGCAGUGGCAGUGGCUCUCCGUCCCCAGAUGCCUACUCCCUCUAUUGCUACCCUUGCACCUGGGGGGACUGCAAGGUGGGCGAGUCCUCCAGCCGCCCACCCUCAGGAUCCCUGCCCUCGACCACACAGCCCAGCCAGGCCUCCCGGUCCCUGGCAGAGCCCCUGAGCAGUCGGGCUGCCCCCGCUGUCAAGGCCUACCACAGCUGCCCACCUCUCCUCAAGCCCUCUCACCCCCAGAAACGCUGUGCUCCGUUUGGAACUCUCAACCCCUUUUCUGGGCCUGCCUACCCCUCAGGCCAUUCAGUGACCUCCUCUUCUGGGCCCACAGCCACUUCUGCUCUCCUGGCUACCUCCAGCCCUGCUUAUUCCCCAGGCCCGGGCUCACCAGGCCAGGCCUAUUCAGCAGCUCCCACCUCCUCCUGUCCCACCUCCUCCUCCUCUUCCUCUGAGUGGCAGGAACCAGCCCAGGAGCCCUUUGAUCCCUUUGAGCUGGGGCAGUGUGGUUCUCCGGAGCCUGAGCUGCUGCGCUGUCAGGAACCCAGAGCUGUGGGGGCACCUGGGCCUGGACCCUGCCUUUUGCCACUUGGACCCCCCAAGGCCUUUGAGCCUGAAGGUUUGGUGCUGCGGCAGGUCCCCUCUCCACUGUCACCAGGGGUCCUGCAGGGGCCAGAGGCAGGUGGGGCACGAGUCCUUCUGACCCAAGGGCGCCUGGAAGGGCCUCCUGCUAGUCCCCGGGAUGGGGCCACAGGCUGGGGAGGCCGGGAAGCCUCCUCCUGGCAGCCCCCUGCUGACCUGUCUGCGCUCUCCCUGGAGGAGGUCUCUCGAAGUCUGCGUUUCAUUGGGCUCUCAGAGGACGUGGUGAGCUUCUUUGCCCGAGAACGCAUUGAUGGCAGCAUCUUUGUGCAGCUCAGUGAGGACAUCCUAGCAGACGACUUCCACCUCACUAAGCUGCAGGUCAAGAAGAUCAUGCAGUUCAUCAAAGGCUGGAGGCCCAAGAUCUGAAUUUCAUAGCUUAUAGCUGCACAACUGGAAUGCUGGGGCAAAGGCCCUGGGGGCCAGCUGUGGGUCUGCAGGGGGACAGCACUCCUAGGGGGUAGGUCCUGCCUGCAGGGACCAUCUAUGGCAACACUAAGGCAGCCAGGCAGCCCCUCCAGGGGAGGGGUGUGGAGUCCAGGGAGUUAACACUUGGAAAUGGGGUCCUCUAGGGUCAGAUCCCUGCUUAGAGAUGUCUUGCCUUUGAGUAUAUGGGGUGGGGGUGGGGGGCUGGGCCUGGUGACACACUGCUGCAGUCCCAUGGGGUGCCAAAAGCUGGGCUUCAUGGCCUUCACAUCUUCCCAUGUCCUGCUGCAGAGCUUCACAGAUGUCUCAUGCUUCUCAAGCUUGUGGCUCAGGUUAGAGACAAAGGUAGAAGAUGGUCUAUCUUAAGCACAAAUUCCCCAAGUGCCCUCUCUGCUCUGUAGGCUUUUGGUCUAAGCUGCCCCAGAGUCAGGGUGCCAAUUUCUGUACCUGUGGAACACUCUUCCUUUCCUCUUCUGCUCAUGAGUUAGGUCUCUGGCCCUGAGCACAGGUUUAUUAUCCAGCAUGUGCUGUACCACUGCACCUCAGGAGUUCUGGUUCAUGGGUGACAACUUUUGAAGAGCACAGCUCUGCUGUUGACUUACUUACCUGGAUAGGGAAGCCGACACUCCCCGGACGUCCCUAGUACCCUGGCUUCUGCCCUGAGCUCACUGCAACUAGCCCCCCAUCCUUCAGGGUUGGGUCCAGUCUGAAGACUGACUCCAUGAAAGGGCAGGUAGAUUGAGGUCAGCCACUCCUUUAUUUUAGAGGCACGUGGCCUUCAAUCACUCAUGCUUCUGUCCAUCCCCUGCCCUAUCAUUGGACUCUGGUGAGCACAUGGCAUCCUGCCCUGGUCUUCUGUCACUGGCACAGAUGGGGUGGGUGAGAAAGGGGAAGCACAGUAGCUUGGGAGACCGGCCUUUUUCCUUUCUCUUCAAGCUCAGGCUUCCUGUCCUUGUUCCCAGGCUUCACGUCUUUGUGUCCUGGACCUUAAGCAGUGACCUGCUUGGCACCCAGAGCACCUUAGCCACUGUGGACCACCACCUGUCCCCUCGUGCUCUUCCCUAGCUCACCCACCUGGAACCACACUGAUUCUUUUUCUCCUGAUCUGUGUCAGGCCCCAGAGGUACCAGCCUUCUCUUCUGCCUUUUCUAGCCUACCUAUUUAUUUCUUCCAUUUUUUUGUUUUUUACCUUAAAAGCAUCAGAACCAUGUUGGUACUCAUGCCCCAAGCAAGCUGCCUCAGCCCUGCAGGGAGGGGAGCCAGGAAGUAGAGCACAGAAAGUGUGAUGCUGAAGCAUUUGGUUUCCUUGCCAAUCAUGUGGUGAAUCCUGAAGAACUAGUGGAAUAAAUGCUAGUCCACUGAAGAACAGUGUGAGUGGAUUUCUGGCAGUCACUUGCUUUUUUUGAGAGCCAUGGGGACCAACAGGCACAGUGAAUAUAUAUGCCUCUGGGCAGAAGACUUUGGAAUGAUGCGUGCAUGUGGCCCAUUCAUCUGUGCCCCAGGCAGCUAGUAAUGCCAGCCCUCACUCCCUUCUGAAAGCCCCUACCCUUCAAGAACAUUCCAGUUCCUGCUAUUUCACCAUAAUUUACACCUACCUAAUGCUGCUAAGUGGAAAACCCGGGUUUCAAAGCUCCAUGUCACCAGCCAAGGCCCAAGUUUAAUUCUCUGUGCUAGCCAAUUUUAAGGGUUCUCCCAGAGCCUGCAUGCAGAAGCCUGUGGGUGGCCUUGGUGGAAGAAUCAGUUCUCUACCUUCUACUGGUCAUCUGAAAACCCCAACUCAGAAGUCACUUGGUUUUAGCUUCCUAGCAACCAACUGUGUUCAGUAAAGCCAGAGCUCAUCUUCCUUCCUGCCAGUCCCAACAACAGGGCUGGGGCCGGGGGAACAGUGCAGCACUCAACUGGAACUGAAGCAGAAUUGGUAGUAUCUCAAAAACUUCAGAAGGCUUGAUGUGGUGGGAUGUGAAUUAUGACCACAUACUCAGGGUGGAUCCUUCUGCCAGACCACUAGGAGCCCCCAAACUGUUUACCCAAACAGGAGACUGCUGCUGCCAGACCAGGAGUGGAAGGCUUCCCCAUGGAGGGUGGGAGCUGAGGCCAAGUUGGGUGGACUGUCCGCUGCAGCCCUUCCACAACCCUGCUCCUGCGUGGCUUCUGAUCACUGUGGGUGUAUCUGCCAUCUUCCAUGCUCUGGGGCAGCCAGGACAUGCAGGAUAUGCUGAGCAGAAGGCAGAAGCCCAGCCACAGCAGUUAAGCACAGUCAGGAAAAGGCUUUAGGCUUAUCAAGCCCACUUUCUAUCCUUACAGUCUUGCUGCCUGCCUAGAGCUCUCCCAACACAGUCCUUCCCUAGAAGCACAGGGCUUUAUUUAGCUCAGCUCACUCCUAGAAGGAAGGGUUUAAACCUGAAGGGAAAAGACAGAAGAAAAAGGAAGAGGCAGGCAGAGAGGCUGACAGUUUGGUUUUCAUU